AUGAAGCUGCGGCUCCAGCAGGUUCAACAAGCUCAACAGGAAGAGAACCGGUCCAAAGAUAACUUGGAGGAAGAAGGGGAUAGUCAACGGAGAGGAACCCCCCGAAGACCAGCUACUCCGGACGAACAGAACUCAGAUCUUCUUCGAGAAAUGAGGAAAGAGAUGGACGAACUAAGGAGCGCUAUCAGAGAGAAGACGGACCGAAGCGUAGACAAAAUGAUAAGGGCUACGGAUUUGCCAUUCACUGCUACGGUACUUGAAUGCCCCGUGCCGUCAAAGUUUCGCUUGCCUCAAUUGGAGCCAUUCGACGGACUCAAGGACCCACAGGAUCAUCUUAAUACCUUUAAGACGACUCUGGGUCUUCAGCAACCACCUGACGAGAUAUUGUGUCGUUCCUUCCUGACGACUCUCAAAGGAGCUGCAAGAGAAUGGUUUACUAAGUUGCCAAACUCGUCCAUAGACAAUUUCAAUCAGCUGAGUAGUGCCUUCUUGCGCCACUUCAUAGGGGGACAACGCCCAAGGAGGCCAGUAGAUUACUUACUCACCAUAAGACAAGGAGAGAAGGAGACUCUGAGGUCAUAUGUCAAGCGAUUCACCUGGGAAACUCUGGAAGUAAACGAAGCUGAUGACAAGGUACAGCUGACGACUUUCAAAGCAGGGUUGCAAUCCAGAGACCUCGUGGCCUCUCUUGCAAAAAACCCCCCGAAGACGAUGGCGGAGAUGCUCCUGAAGGCACAAAAGUACAUGAACGCGGAAGAUACUCUAACUGCCAUAAAAGAUACCAAGAGGCCAGGAGACAAGUGCAAGAGGGAAGACGACCGUAGGGGGCAAAAGAGAGAUAGACUAGAACGUCGGAAAAAUGACGGGAAUAGAAGGAAGGACGACAGAAAUCCUCGGACGCUUCAGUGGAGACAGGGUCUACCCCAGGAGUAUAGUGACACUGACGGUGACGGCUGGGACCUACCCAUUGCAGUUGACCAAACAAGUAGACUUAUUGGUGGUAGAUUGCCCCUCAUCCUACAAUGUCAUCAUUAG